AUGUCGCUUGGAGCUCAGCUCGCCAUGCCUGGGCUAAUGGUGUACGUCGUUGGAUUCCCCUUUGUUUGCUUCAUUACGAUACUCUUCUUCAUCGCACGCCUGGACUCUCCCCGCAUCACAAAAUGUUUAGGCUUCCUCACCGACUUUUACAGCUCGAGACGCGUCGGAUGGGAAUGCUUGCGCCUCUUCUUGACCCUCUCUUGCGUGUGUGUCUCUCUCUUCGUACAAACCGUCGAACCGCUGACGAUUGCAUGGGCAAUUGUAUCGGGAUACGGCAUUCUGGUCUUGUUCUUCAAACCGUAUGGAGCUGAAAUGGUUCCUUCUUGGGCCCCCUUUAAGGAGCAGAGGGGCCCCCAACGUCACUUCAGCGUUCCCUUGACGCUGCACGCGAGAGAGUUAGCUCUCUGCAGCUUUCUCGCCUUUGCCAUCCAAUUUCACUUCCUUUCCAAGAUCACGCAAGGGGUUACCUCCCAAGAAGAGCUCGCCGAAAUGCUUGGGGGGCAGUUCGAUGAAACUCGCCAUAGAUUUCAUCGCUCCGACGAGCGUUUCUUUGUAGACGCUGUCCGUAUCGCUCCCUUUCCCGCCGAAGCGAUUGCUCAGCUGAAGGCGCUUGCGAAUCUCCCGGAUUUGGCGAGCUUUGAUAUUGUCGAUGCUGCCGGAUGGAUAUUUGACCAGGGGCACAUAGAGGUGCAGGGCCAAAUCUUGUACGCUACUGUUGGUCAGAUCGCUUCCAUGUACAGCGAUCUGACUUAUGACAUCUCCACUAGCGAGCAGUUCACUGAGGAACUGAAAAAGCUUCUUGACAAGGUGGCCACGACUCUUAAUAUCCAGGAUGAGGUUGCGGCUCGAGUCUCUGCUGCUGCUCGUGUGAGGAGUUGCUGCGGUUCUCGCCAAGCGGAAAAAGUGGGGGGGCUUGCAAAGGCGGAAGCGGCUCUUGCGCGAGCAGCUGCUAAGCAAGAGGAAGGAGGCGCAGAGACAGGGUGGAAGAAAAUGUGGGGCGUCCAGACGGAUGCAGAUGUUGCUCUGAAGUGGUUGCAACACCAAAUGCAGCCGCAAGGCAUCGACCCCGCAGUUCUUCGUGCACAGUUUGUGGAGGUGUUUCCAGAUGCAGGAAUCGUGGAAAUGCAGAAAAUGGAAAUUGAAGUGCCGCCUUCGCCCACAGAGCCUCCGGGAGUUUUCGCGAGGAUUUGGUAUCACCUUGUCGGCUCUCCACCGCCCCCUCCUCCUAAGUCGAUUCCCGACCCGCUGGGCGUGAAAGUGCAUCCUAUCAACGCUGCUGAUCAUCUGUGA